ACCCCCCUCGGCCGCCGUAGGCUGACGGAGCGCUGAGUGGGGGUCCUGAAGUAGAAGCCGGUCGCGGAAUUGCAGCGAUGAGACUACCGUAGGUGAGGAGAAAGUCACGUCGUAGCUGCUGGCCGACCUGGCCGUCGCCUUCAGAUCUCAGUAGCGACUCUGCUGCCCUCCCGCCUGACAGCCGCGCUUUCUGCUCUGCCAACAGAGUCUGUCACGCUGAGGGACCUGGCCGCGUGACCACAGCGCAGUUUAUUAGCAGUUCUCGUUGCGUCUUACCCCGUCGCGGUCCUGACUCCUCAGAACCAAAACAAUUACAUGAAGGAGGAAGUUUCAAGAUUGCAGCAUUAGCAUUUCUGGGGACAGCUUUGAUUGAAGAGUGAGGUUUCUGAAUAAGCAUUUAGAGCAGGUCUGGAAGACCCCACGGCAGAGCAUCCCAGUGACCAGCUAUUUUCCAAGAACAGAAGAAAAUGAUCCAGUCCCAGGAGUCGCUGACGCUGGAGGAUGUGACCGUGAAGUUCACCUGGGAGGAGUGGCAGCUCCUGGCCCCUGCUCAGAAGGACCUGUAUUGGGACGUGAUGUUGGAGAACUGCAGGAACCUGGUGUCUGUGGGGUGUCAAGCCAGCAAGCCUGAUGCCCCCUCCAAGUUGCUAGGAGGAGAACCGAGGACAGUGGAAGAUGCAAUCCAUGAGGCAAACAGUCCAGAAAUCUGGGAAAUUGAUGAUCAUCUACCAAAACUCUUACAGAGUGAAAGCAAGGUGAACAGGAUGGUACAGUGGCAUGAACACAGUGCCUUUGAAAAUUCUGUUCAUCAACACAGACCUCAGUUUCUACUAAGGCAAAAGCAUGGUAUAUUUAACUUACAUGAAAAAAGUAUGAAACCAAACUUACCUUUGGUUGACCAGAGCAGACACUGUGAAAUAAAGAACUCUGUUGAGAUUUCUAGAAAUGGGGAAUCCUUUCUCCAUGUUUCUUGUGAACAAUUUCAUACUGAAAUUAAAUUCCCUGCAAAUGGAAAACUCAUCAGCACUAAAUCUCAGUUCACUUGUCCCAAGCCUCAGAACACUCAAAAAGUAGAGAAACCUCAUGUAUGCAGCGACUGUGGGAAAGCCUUCAUCAAGAAGUCUUGGCUGACUGAUCACCAGAUCAUCCACACUGGUGAGAAGCCCCAUAGAUGUCAUCUGUGUGGGAAAGCCUUCUCCAGGAAGUUCAUGCUCACAGAACACCACAGAACCCACACAGGUGAGAAACCUUACACAUGCAUCGAGUGUGGCAAAGCCUUUCUCAAGAAAUCACGGCUCAACAUACACCAGAAGACUCAUACUGGAGAGAAGCCCUAUAUAUGCAGCGAAUGUGGAAAGGGCUUCAUCCAGAAAGGAAACCUCAUCGUUCAUCAGCGAAUUCACACAGGUGAGAAGCCUUACACAUGCGGUGAGUGUGGGAAAGGCUUCAUCCAGAAGACCUGCCUCAUAGCUCAUCAGAGAUUUCACACAGGGAAGACUCCCUUUGUGUGCAGCGAAUGUGGAAAGUCCUGUUCGCAGAGGUCGGGGCUCAUCAAGCAUCAAAGAAUUCACACGGGAGAGAAGCCCUUUAAAUGCAGCGAGUGUGGGAAAGCAUUCACCACAAGGCAAAAGCUCAUUGUCCAUCAAAGAACUCACACAGGAGAGAGGCCCUAUGGCUGCAGCGAGUGUGGGAAGGCUUUUGCAUACAUGUCUUGUCUGGUUAAGCACAAGAGAAUACACACAAGGGGAGAACAGGGAGAUUCAGGCAAGGUGGAAAACCCCGCAGACGGAGACAGCUCAUUGCAUACCUGUGAUGACCACCAGGAGAAGAGCCCUGUUAGCAAAGUGACUACUCAGGUGCCUUCUGAGGCCCCUCAGACAGCAGUGAACGUCAGUGGGCUCCUCACUAACAGAAAUUUGGUCUUUGUGGGACAGCCAGUGGCCAGAUGUACACCCUCAGGGGACAGCAUGGAAUUCACACAGGAGAGAAACCUCACAAAUGCGGUGAACAUGGUUGUGCCCCCAGUGAUAAAUUACGUAUUAUUUUAUGUCACAGAAAACCCAUAGGGAGAGGCUCAGAUUCAGUCUAUGUGGGAAAGGAUUGAGCGGAAAUUUCUAGUUCACUAAAUGGCUGAAACUAUAUACAGAGAGCAACUAUAAAAUGCAAAGCUGGGAAAGGGUGAUAGAUUCAUCCUUCCUAAAUGCUGUUUUGUUACAGAGGCACAGUGUGAUGAUGACCACUCAGACACGUAGGUACCAACUCUGUUUUGUCAAUUAAAUGAGUGAAGGACGACUGAGUUCAUUUAAAUGGAGAAAAUAAGUACAGAAAUGUUUAAAUCAACAUCUCGAAUGUUUCCAUGAAUGAAAAAUCAUAAGAGAUGGUUGAAGGAAAAGGGUUAGAAUUGAUGUAGGACACACACAUCAUCUCACUUUCCCCUGACCAAUGUGAAGGAGUAACUGAAAACCAGAAAGUACAUGAAACUUGUAGAACUUCUACAGAGGGACCUGUGAAAUGUCAGCCUUCCCGUGAGUUAAUGUGUUCACCUAGCAGGUAUUUGACUCAUGCUUCCUUUGUACCUGGACCUGUCCUGGGAGCUGAGGUUACAGAGGCAAACAAAACAAAACAUUUUGUCCCCGGGAGGAGCACUGUGGUAGUUGGGUCAUCCUUAAGAGGUAUCUUCACACUCUAGCUGGUCUAGUCAGAGAAUGGGAACAUCUGCAUAGGUGACAUGGACAUGAUUCAACUGAUGCAAGGGGACACGAUGGCUUAUAGCUCAAAGAGCAUCUCACUUUUAGGGAUGAGAUGGACUACUUUUUAAAAUGUAGUUUUUGUUAGGGCAUUAUAAUUAUAUAUAGUAUUUGUAAUUAUACAUAGCUGCUUUAUAUAAUUUUGAUCAGUACUUUCUAUAUAUACAUGAAGGUGAAAUUUUCCUUGGUACCUUUAAAAAAAAUUUUUUUUUUUUAGUUGUCA